AUGGAGAUGGAGCAUAAAGCUUUAUGGGCUCUGAAAUUUCUGAAUUUUGAUCCUCAUGAAACCCAGAAUAAACGCAGGAGGCAGAUACUGGACCUUGAAGAAAUGCAUUUUCAUGUCUAUGACUCCUCUAGGAGUUAUAAAGAAAAGGUAAAACUCUAUCAUGACAGGAAGCUGAUAAAGAGAGUCUUCAAUCCAGGGCAACAGGUAUUAUUGUUCAAUUCAAGAUUGAAGUUGUUUCCUGGAAAGUCGAAGUCAAAAUGGUCAUGGCCUUUAGAUGGAAGACGCCUUGAGGAGAACGCCGGAUUGGAGCUGUGCGAACCCGAUUCGACCUCCUCGAAGCUUCUCCGACGAUGA